AUGGACAAGCCCUCCCUGAUAUUGACCAUCUCUCUUACCUUCUCCAUCACCGCAUUGGCAUUCCCUCGCGAAACCGGCGUCAAUAAUCAUGUCCAGCCCACCAAAGUUGUGACGGCUGCACCUCCAGCCAUCACCGAGGAGGGAUCACUGCGCUGCUUUGAUGGAGCCACUAUUCUACAUACAACAGACUGUACGAUGGGUACUCCGGUCUCCUUCUGCUUCAAGCCCCAGACACCUAUUACCUGUGAUGAAGGAUACUUCCCUUCAGUCUGGCAUCCCGAUCACUGCAUAGAGGUUUCGACUUGCUUCCCCACAGAUGCAGAUUGGAUCACCACCGAAUGCUCCAAUGCCGUUGCUUGCGCUUGCCCAUCCGAUCAAUGGUAUAGCAUGACGACUAUCGACGGGGCUUCUGAUUUCGAAACGUACUGCAUGCCUACCCGAUCAUGCUCCCCUGGAAUGACAACUUCCAUGAGCAUCAAUGAGUACUGUGCCACUGCAUCGGCAGAUAUUUGUUCGGGUUUACCUCCUCAUGCAGAUCGAUGCGAAUGCGUGGGUCGGAAUAUGACUCCUGUCUACCCUGAUGGCCCUGGUGCCACUGCUACAGGAUGUGAAUAG